AUGUCGUUGACCUUCAAGCUCGCCUCUCUGGUGAUCCGCACUGUUGCCAAACCUAUAGGUAACCGCAUCAAGCAGUCGGCCAGAGAACAUGAAACCUUUCGUAGAUACUGUGUGGGCUUUGCUCAGGGCCUUCACCGUGUAGAUAUGCGCAUGCGAUUGGGUAUCCUGCACGACGCCGCCGCUCAGGAACGCAUGCAUGCUCGAGAAGCAGCAGAGGCCGCUGCCAAAAAGAGACAAUCCGAGAUACCCACCGUCAAGACCGAAGCCCAGCAAAAAGCAGAUGAUGCGGCUGCAGCAGAUCUCAAAGAAAAGAGGAGUGAAGCUCCAAAACCCAGAAUCCGGCCGCUUUCCGAAACAAGAGCUAUCGAAUUAGGCGCCAACUUCCUCUCAGAAUCUUUCAUCUUUGGUGUGGCCGUCGGCCUACUUGUGUGGGACCAAUGGCGCUCGAGAAGAAAAGAAAGCACUCGAAGAGAGGGCGUCGAAGACCGAUUGGAUGCGCUAGAAGAGCACUCGCGUCAAAUCGUUGAGCUCAAGUCAGAAGUCGCUCGGCUCAAAUCGAAAUACGAAACACUGCCUUUAUCCACAGAAGACGGCGAAAAUGGCAACGAGACGACCGACACUACUAUUGCAAGCCCAGAAACCGAGGCGCAACCAACACGAAAAAACGAAACGUCUGAAGCAAAGGAAAAUCUGGAAAAAGAAGGAAAAGCAGAGAACACUUCGCUGGCGGAGCAAAGUCAAUGA